UCUACAGUGAUGAUGCAUGAGAAAGUAUCAACAUUUGCAUCACCAGAAGAACAGAGGAAGAACUGAACCUGUGGUGAGAUCACAAGAAGCUGAACAUUAAAACAUGGAAGAGAUUUACGCCAACAUUGAAGAUAGUUACAAGUUACCCAACUGCUACAAAGGUGGGGAAGCAGAACAGCAGAACAAAGGAAGACUAGGAGUUCAGGAAAAGAAAUUCCAAAGAGACGGUUCUCCGUACAAGAUCCUGGCCCUCAUCUGCUCAGGUUUGAGCUGUGUGCUCCUGAUAACAGCUGUCAUCUUCAGUUCUUAUUAUUUUCUCAGGCCAACAAGAUCUGCCCAAUUUCUAUCCCCAAGCACCUCCCAUAUGUACAUAAAUUGUUCAUCUUCAAACAGGAGCUCCUCUGCUUUUAAACAAGAACUGCGGACAAUACUGGAGGACAUUCACAACAGCUGUUUUAACCUGCAAGACAAUUUGACUGAUGUUCAUGGAAAAGCUAAACGCUGCAACAACGCCAUAAAGAGACACACCCUGGUCCAGCUGUGCAACAGCAGCUAUAUGAUGGCUUGCUCUGUUCUUACUAAAAUAUCCAAGAGAGAAGGAAGCAUACCUAGAGCAGUGUGGAAAUGGAUUCAAAAUGCAUCAGCUGAUGUAGUCCUGGACCCUGAUACGGCCCACAUCAGCCUGAACAUCUCCAAGGAUGGGAAACGUGCAGUCUUGUCUGAUGUUCCUCAGUCCUCUGCAUCGACAAGAUUUACUGUCAAUGUGGGUGUUUUGGGUAAAGUGGGAUUCAUCUCAGGGAGGCAUUACUGGGAGGUGGAGGUGAGGGAUAAUCUGAACUGGGGUGUGGGCAUCUUCAGGGGAUCUGCUCCUAGAAAUACAUACCUUAGACCUGAGAAAGGGGCCUGGACAGUGGAGCUGUGGCAUAAUGGCAAGUUUAGUUUCGUUACUGAACCCCGAACAUCAUUAUCUCAGGAUCUGCUUCCACAGAGAGUGGGGGUCUAUGUAGAUUGUGAGGAAGGGCAGCUGUCAUUUUACAAAGUGGAGACUCAAAAUCUCAUUUACACAGCUAAUGUACAUUUCACAGAAAAAUACUACCCAUUGUUCUACACAGAAAGCAAAAAGGGCAUUUCCAUUGUUCCUUCUCUGAUUAUUAAACUGUAACUAGACUUUGUAUUUUUUGUGUAUAAUGUGCCAGAUUUCAAUAUCGAAAUCAGGGGCUAGAGAUCCUGGUCCUGGUGGGUCUGUGCUGUAAAAUGUUUGCUGUGUCUGUUAAGGGUUGAAAGAGGUUGAUAAGUGGUCAGAAUAAGCCAGUAAUAGUUAAUGCUCAUCUAUAAGAAUCUACAUGGCUUGGCAGCUCAGUGCCUUUCUGUUAUCUGUCUACUCCCCACAUUGUGGCCUUCAUUCAUCCAACUUCAACUGGGCUUCUAGACAUCCCUCAAUCUCAUUUACACUCUGUGGGUGACAGGGUCUACUCUUGCUCCCGUCACAUGUUAAAAGACCAGUCAAGUCACAGGUCACAGGGUCAUAGCCAUGUGCUGAGAUGUCAAGAUGUCAAACACAGUUGAUUGGGUGUGACAAAAUAAUUUGCAAUUCUAAAUUAUGAAAUGGCAAACUGAAAGUGAUUGAAACUUUAGAGACACACUGGCCUUCCAGGAGCAGGACUGGACUUCUCUGGAUUAAAUAAUCUCUAGAUUUACAGUACAUGGCGGGCAAACUACAGCCCAUCUCUUCCACCCCAUCGCAGAACUCUG